CAGUCUUUGCCCUCAAAUUCAUUCCUUAUUAAUAUUUUAUGCAAUCGCCUCUCAGUGUGCUUCCAAAGUCACUAACAAUCACAACCCACAUGGGAUUUGAUUUAUAUUUAACCAAUGAAAUCUUAAUUACUCUGGUUGUACUCUGUUUUCAGGAUUCAUUGUAUUCUGAAAGUCCAUUCCCAAAAGAAAGUAAAAAAAAAAAAAAAAGGGAUAUAAAGGAGAUGGGGUUCGAAAGAGAAGGCACACGCUGUUCCAUGAUGAAGCUGGCAUGUUGUGGACCAUAGAGAGGGAUAUGCAAGAGAUGCACAUAAACUUUCUGCAAAGCCAUUCGUUUUACCUUUCAAUCUGUGAGUAAAUCUAUCUCUUUUUCUCUCACAGAUAAGCUUUUGAAGCGGUGGAAGAUAUGGUAAAUUAGUCCCGAGGCGGUAAACCCGGUUGUCUGUGGCCGUCAUAUACAGUAUCUUAAAUAGACUUCCAUGUCUCCGAGACAUCCAGUAUCUGCUAUUCCGAAAAUAAAGUCCCAAUUCUUGUUUCUUUGCAUUGAUCGAGGAAUGUCGAAAUUGGGAGGUAAAUCGUUGAGAGUGGUCUUUCGCCAUUGAAUUUCUUAGACGUCUAUGAAAAAAUGAGCCUCUUUUCCUCUCAGAAAGGUUUGAUCUCCAUUUAAGUUUUGAAGAGAUGGAUCGCAAAGGGAGGACAAGGCUGCAGUCAAUGAGAGCAUCUGCGAAUCAUGAAAAAGGAAGCGUGGAUAUGCCGGCGGCGAACUUGCCUGAUGCAGCAAAAGCAACCACAAGCGGACGGGUUGCAAGCAGAGAGAGAAAAGUGGCUUUACAACAAGACGUUGACAAGCUGAAGAAGAAGCUCAGACAUGAAGAAAAUGUAGGUCGUGCUUUGAAGAGAGCUUUCACCAGACCUCUGGGAGCUUUACCCCGCCUCCCUCCUUUUCUUCCUCCCAAUAUGCUAGAACUUCUUGCCGAAGUAGCUGUUCUUGAAGAGGAGGUGGUGCGGCUUGAAGAGCAGGUUGUGCAUUUCAGGCAGGACUUAUAUCAGGAAGCUGUCAACAUUUCCUCCUCCAAGAAGAACAUGGAGUUUUCCCUCAAAAACAAUUCCAAGCAACUUCAAUCCGAACUUUCAGUUCAGAAGACUGAUAAUGGUCUGGGAAAGGAAAAUGAAUCGCGUAUGAAUUCGACAAGUAACCACAGGGUGUCUUCUCUCCAGAAAACCCAUACGAUAAAGACUCCACUCAAGAAAUCUCCAGCUCGUUACAAAUCAUCAGAGAAACCGAAUUCUCCAAAACUGAAUUUCGAAAACCGAGAGACGAGUCCAGAAAACGCUGAAGCUAGACGACUACGUGCUCCAGACAACAAGGUAUCUGGUGAUGAUAGUCCGAACAAUAUCUCUGAAAAUAUUUUGAAAUGCUUAUCGAGCAUUCUUUUAAGGAUGAGCUCAAUCAAGAACAGAGGUGUCACUGAAAGUUUACAUCUAUUCUCAAUGCUAACUACGAGGCAAACUGAAGAGACGGAUCAUCAGGACCCUUAUAAUAUAUGUUCAGAGUUUGGAAUGCGAGAUAUUGGUCCAUACAAGAACGUACAUAUAGUUGAAGCCAGUUCAAUUAAUACAAAGCGGACGACAAACUCGUUGUUUCUAUUCCAAAGAUUGAAACUCCUCUUGGGGAAACUUGCUUCUGUCAACUUGCAACGUCUUACACAUCAGGAGAAACUUGCCUUUUGGAUCAACGUCUAUAACUCCUGCAUGAUAAAUGCAUUUCUACAACUUGGAAUACCAGAGAGUCCGGAGAUGGUUGCUGGUUUGAUGCAGAAGGCAACAAUUAAUGUGAGCGGACACUUGCUAAAUGCUAUAACCAUUGAGCAUUUCAUUUUGAGACUUCCUUACCAUUCGCAAUAUGCUUUCUCAAAGAGUGCCAAGUACGACGAGAAGACAUUUAGAAGUAUUUUUGGGUUGGAGUUAUCAGAACCAUUGAUUACGUUCGCAUUAUCAUGUGGAAGCUGGUCGUCCCCAGCUGUGAGAGUGUACACAGCAUCCCAGGUCGAGAACCAGCUAGAAUUAGCAAAAAGAGACUAUUUACAAGCUGCAGUAGGAAUUGCAUCAGAGAAGUUUGGAAUCCCAAAGCUGCUGGAUUGGUAUUUGCUGGACUUUGGUAAAGACUUGGACUCCUUGGUUGACUGGGUCUGCCUUCAGCUACCAAGUGAAUUAGGAAAAGAAGCAAUUAAGUUGAUAGAGAGGAGAAGAAACCAACCUCUUUCUCAGUUUGUUAAAGUAAUACCUUAUGAAUUUAGCUUUAGAUACCUUCUCUGCACAUAAUAAUUCAUAAUCCAGUUCGUUUUUCUGUGGAUGUUU